UGCAUCCACAAUGUCAUCCAACAAUAAUAACAACAACAAUGGCCGACAUGUGUCGCCGCCGCGCCGCCACCGCCUCCCAACUCCCGGAAAAGCCACCGUCCUCGCCAUUGCCAAGGCCCUCCCGAGCCAACUCGUCCCACAGGACUUGCUCGUCGAGGGCUUCCUCAAGGACACUAAUUGCCAAGACUCUGAUAUCAAGGAGAAACUCCAACGACUCUGCAAGACGACGACGGUGAAAACCCGGUACACGGUAAUGUCGAAGGAGAUCCUGGACCAAUACCCGGAGCUGGCGACGGAGGGCCUCCCGACGCUAAAGCAACGUCUGGAAAUAGCGAACCCGGCGGUGGUGGCGAUGGCGAAGCAAGCCAGCCUCGAAUGCAUCAAACAAUGGGGCCGCCCCGCCGCCGACAUCACCCACCUCGUCUACGUCUCCUCCAGCGAGAUCCGCCUCCCCGGCGGCGACCUCCACCUCGCGGCGGAGCUCGGCCUCCGCUGCGACGUCGGCCGCGUCAUGCUCUACUUCCUCGGCUGCUACGGCGGCGUCACCGGCCUCCGCGUCGCCAAGGACAUCGCCGAGAACAACCCCGGCAGCCGCGUCCUCCUCACGACCUCCGAGACCACCAUCCUCGGAUUCCGGCCGCCGAACAAGUCCCGCCCCUACGACCUCGUCGGCGCCGCCCUCUUCGGCGACGGCGCCGCCGCCGUCAUCGUCGGCAGCGACCCUAUCCCCGGCAGCGAGUCGCCGCCGUUCAUGGAGCUUAAUUACGCCGUCCAGCAGUUCCUCCCCGGCACCGGCGGCGUCAUCGACGGCCGCCUGUCGGAGGAGGGGAUUUACUUUAAGCUCGGCCGCGACCUGCCGCAGAAGAUUGAGGAUAACAUCGAUGGGUUCUGCAGGAAGCUGAUGGCGAAAGCUGGAGAUCCGGUUCAGUACAAUGAUAUGUUUUGGGCGGUCCACCCGGGCGGACCGGCGAUACUGAACCGGCUCGAGACGAAGCUGGGGUUGGAGAGCGGGAAGCUGGAGUGUAGCCGGCGCGCGCUGAUGGAUUUUGGGAAUGUGAGCAGCAAUACGAUCUUUUAUGUGAUGGAGUAUAUGAGGGAGGAGCUGGGGAGUAAGCGGCUCGAGGAAGCCGAGGAGUGGGGGCUCGGCUUGGCCUUUGGACCCGGUCUCACAUUUGAGGGCAUUCUGCUGCGAAGCCUGUGAAUUAAUUAAAUAAAUAAAUAAGUAAUAUGAUAUGACAUCGAUGAUGGAGAAAUUACAUAUAUAUAUAUAUAAUAUAUAUAAAUAUAGACACAAAUAUAUAUGUUAGGGUUUGUUUAACUGGCACGUUGAUAAAUGAUGAUGUCUAAGAAAAUGGUGUCGAUUAAGAAAUUAGUUUAUAUAAUUAAUUAUUACUUAAUUUUAUUACUUAA